AUGAAUCAAAAUAAAACUCUUCCCUUUCAGCUUUGUUUCACAGGAUGUAAAAGAUGCUGUUACCAUUGUAAUUUAGGUAAUGAUCAUCUAAUGAAUUAGGAUGUUAAGCAUGUAUGAUUUCGAUGAAGCAAUGUUUGGUUCCCUGUUGCCGAACGAUAUGUGAUUUAAUGAAGACCCUAUGUAUUAAAUUGAACAUCAAAUGUUCUCUAUGUUAGAAUUGCUAUUAAUAAUGUUGUGGUGAAAUGUGCAAUUGUUAGUUUCGCUGCACAAACCCUUUCCUUAUCCAAGAUCAGAUUCCAUAAGAACUCUUUGAAAUUCUUUAGAAUUUUGAUUAUCUUGGAGAACAACAAAUGUUUUGCUAUGGGAAUGUUCAUGUACUCAAAGAGAACAUCUUACAUCCGUAUUCAUCCUUUAUUAAUAUGUAGAUCAUCAGAGUUACAUAAUCCUAUCAUGUUUGCUGAGAAAAUCAUUGAUCAUUCAAAUAAAUCGAUGGCAAAAUAGUUGGCUGCUGAGUGGAUUCCAAGGUUGAAAUAACGAUUUCCUCAUAUAUUAUAAUUAUAAUGUAAAGCUAUAUCAAAUUUGAUUUAGUACUGUUACAAAGAUAAGUAGAUGGAUUUUUUAGCAAAUAAUACAGAACCUAUUUAUUUUAUGAUUACAUAUUGGAUUCAUUCCAACAAGAGUUUUAGUAUCGUAUGAAGAUGGACAAUUAUUUCUCUUAAAAGGAAUUGCUUGCAUAUUUUCUAGCUAUAUUAUCUGGAAUCAAUUACUUGCAAACUCAGGGCAUUAAUCCAUCAUUCAUUGAUUUAAAUGAAGUAUAUCUAACUCAAACUGGAACUAUAAAGCUUCUAGAUCCUUCAUUCUACCCAAGAAGAUCUCCCAUGCAGCAAGUUCUCGAGGAUAUGUAAUGUCAUUUAUUUAUUUUAUUUAGUGCUUAGAGUAAGAAGAUAUAUGCAAAAAUAAUAAGAAGAUCAAAUAAUAUUAAAUAUUACCUUUCCCCUGAACAAUUGCAAGUGUAUAUUCUAAUAAUUUCUUAUUUUAGGAGAUAAAUACUGGAAAUGACCAGACUAGAUUAAACUCUUGUUUGUUUACUCUUGCUAUAUAAAUGAUUUAAUAUUCAAUCAUGAAAAGCAUGGAUGAUUGCUAUGUCAAUUACUCUAUUAAUUUUGAAUUAUUAAAUGAAAGGAAAACCCAAGCCAGCUAAUUCUUAAGUAUAGAUUUUAUGAUGCUAUUGAAUUAAUGCUUAGAAGUAGAUCCAGAUUAGAGAAUUUCAACAUCAUUAGCUUAUUAAUAAUUCAUUAGAUUACCUGAUGUUCAAAUGCUAAUUUUGGAAAUGCCAAAAGAAUUUGGAUUGGCUUAUAAUUCAUUAAUUUUAUAACAAGAUUUCCAAAUAUAAUUACCUUAGACUAUCAAAUUAUUACCUUAAUCUAAUGAGAUCAAUUAAUAACCAUUUUAAGAAUAUAUUAGACCAUAAUAAUAGUAAAUAAAACCAUAAAAAAAUGCCUUUGAAGAAUUAUUAAAAUAAAAAAAUUAUUAGAUUGGAUAAAAGCAAGAGUCAGUCUUUACUAAAAUUCUUAGAGAAAAAAACUACCAAUUCGGCUAUAAACCAAAACCAAAUGUUAGAGAAUAAUUAGAACUUUAUUCGCCUCAAGAUUCAUUUAUUGAUAAAUUAGACAUGUAUCGCUAAUAACCAUUAAUUUUAUAUUAACAAUAAAGUCCUGUGGAAAAACAAAUUUAAGUGUUCCCAAUAUAAUAGGAAUUGGACAAUCAAGAGUAUAAGUUUAUAAGGGAAACAUACCCAAAUGGCUGUAUUUAUGAGGGAUAUAAACUCAACAAUCAAAGAGAAGGUUAAGGUAUAUAUAUAUGAUAAAUGAAUUAAGGAAAAUAUAUUCAUCCAACAGGAGCUUUUUAUGAGGGUUAAUGGCAUAAUAAUAAGAUGGAAGGGAUGGGAAAAUUUUAUAACAAUGACUUUUUAAUUUAUGAUGGAGAAUGGAAGGAAGAUGAAUACCAUGGUCAAGGAAGAGAAUAUAAUGAUGAUCCUGAUAACUUAGGCGUAGUGAAUUAUAGAAACUUCAGUAAUAUUGAAUAAAUAUGGAUGACCUAUUAGGGAACCUUUUAAAAUGAUAAAAGGGAAGGAUAAGGGAAUAUGGAAUUUGUCAACGGUGCUGUUUUUCAUGGAGAGUUUCGAAAUGGGUUACCUCAUGGGAAAGGGAAAUAUAGUGAUAAGGAUUAGAGGAUUAUUGGUUAGUGGAAUGAGGGGAGAUUCUUAGAUGAUUUGUGA